CGCCACAGGCAGUGUUGGACAGUAUCGACUCAGUGCCGGGUACGUGUCGUCGCACUGGCCUGCCACGCCGGUGCCGCACCGCCCGUUGUUGCACCGUACUGUACUAUCCACAUUCCUGUGACAAUACUACUCUCAUUAUCAACAAAUAAAUACUUAUGCAAAAAAGACUCCUGAUAAGAUUGAUUGAUUUUAAUAAGAUCACAGCAAUGAAGGUCGCCUCGUCGCCGACGGACGCGGACCGGCGACUGAUAGCGCUGGUGAGGCUGCAGCCGGCGCUGUACGACGUGCAGCACCAGCAGUACCAGGACACGGUGCACAAGGCCGCGCUCUGGAGGAAGAUAGCGCAGGACCUGGCCAUGGACAUUCGGCUGUGCCGCAGUCGGUGGUUCAACAUGCGCGACAACUACCGCAAGUCCAUCAUCCGCAACCAGCUGAAGCGGCGCGCGGGGCAGCCAGAGCGCGUCUACAAGUUCACGCCCGAGAUCCGCUUCCUGAAGCCGUACUUCAACCUGGACCCGGCCCACGCCGACACCACCGGCCCCCUCAGCGACAAUGCUCAUCAAGCCGAGGACAGCAGCGCCCCGUUCGGGGAGGCAUCAGGUCCGGCCAAGCGCGAGCGCUCGGAGUCGCCGCAGUCCUUGCAGGACUUGGAGAUGCCCCAGACGUCCCAAUUCCAGGCUCAUCCCGUGAACGUUUUCCUGGCUUGCAUCGAACCUACACUUAAGGCGCUGCCGCCGUACCUGCUGAGCCUGGCGAAGGGCGAGAUCUUCGCGGCGGUGCAGAAGUACGAGCUGCGGAUGCUGCAGGCCGACUGCCACGUCUCCACGUCAGACUCGCCGUCGCUCGACGCGUGACCACGACGGACAAACGGCGGGAUUACCUCAUUUAAUGGACGAACGUCGGGUGAAAAUGCUAUCGAUGAAUUUUCGUCAAAUUGUGUACAAAUGGGAGCUUAGUACAUAAAUAUGGCUUGGCUACAGAUUCUCCAAAAUGUCGUAGGUAAGAGAUUAGUGCACCGACGAUACACUACAAAAGAUUGAACAGAGAAAAAUGAGUUUAUAGGUAUGUGUCGAAUACAUCGAUUAAUUUUUGCCUAAGUCUAUAAUAUGAAUGUGGAUAUGAAAUACAUAGCUGUAUUUUUUCUUUUGAUUAGAGACGCCAACACAAGAGUCUGGCUCGAGUCUAUUCAAUUUUUCCAGGGUAACUUGAUUAAACAUAAUUUAAGCCAAAACUGCUUUUUAAUUGUAGCUCUUAUUGACACGUAAUAAGGACGACUAAGAACAACGAAGACACGAUAAUGGCUUAUUGUUAGUAGAAUCGCCCCUGGUCGUGAUAUUUUUGAAUUAUCAAUAAACAAGUGAUUGCAUCUGUGCAAUCCAUCUGGAAAAUGAGUUGAUGGUGAAUUGCACUAUUGAUAUAAAUUGUGAUGUGAACAACUUAUAGAGCAUGUAAAACGUGUAGAGAGACACUUCACCUGGAUGAAUGAAUAUGUUACGGAGAAUUUUAAUAAAAAUGUGAAAAUAUA